AUGUACAGGUCAUCGAGCACGUCUCGAGCUUCCGCUGAGUUUUUGGUCAACCUGUUGCCUGCUGACAUAGGCUCCCCACCUCUGAAAGCUGCAGCUUCCGAUGACUUGCCGAUGUACAAUUCCAUUUCUGAUGCAACCAAAAAAGAUGUUGCUUUCCAUUCUGGGUUAUCUGGAGAGAAUGUCAUUCACCUUAUUCCUGUUAUAUUAAUUCUCUGUGGUUUGAUUCUCUGGAUUUUCUCCCAUCCAGAUUUAGAACGUAGAGAGAUGCAAGAUCUGGGGUCAUGCUCACUGUAUGCGCAAUACACUUCACCACCAAGAGGAGACAUUUGA